AUGGUCCAUGCGGCGGCGCGGGCGAUGGUCGGCAACGAAAAAACCACCCUCUUCCGGGAGGAUAGAUGGAUCGGCGGCUUCCGCCUUUGUGAACUGGCCCCGCGGAUCUACAACCGCGUGCCGAAGAGAGUGCGACAAUCUAAGCUGGUAGCGGAAGCAAUAAGAAACAAUGAUUGGACCGGUGACAUUGGCACUAAGCUGGCACCGGAAGCUCUGGAAGAGUUCCUAAAACUUUGGCCGAGGAUCGCGGAUGUGCAAUUAGCUGACGAUGUGGAGGACUCGAUAAGGUGGAUGUGGGAACAGAACGGCAAGUUCUCGGCUCGAUUGGCCUAUGCGGCUCCGUUUAUGGGAUGGGAAGUGUCCGCAACGGUGCUGGACGUCGGAUAG